AAAGAGUGGCUUUACAUGUGACUAACUUUUUUUUUUAUUUUGGAGUGAGGCAUGUUAGCUUAUUGUUAUUCCUAUUAGUGUGUUAAAAUAAAGUUGGGUCACUUCAGGUAUUGGGUCACUUCGGAUAACGAGCCAACUACAGGUAUAUCGGGUCAACUUCGAGUUGGGUACAUUCGAGUUUGAUCACUUUGGAUAUCGGAUUAACUUUGAGUCCAUCUCACAUCCCUUACUUUUUAAAAAAGUAUUACACCAAUAUUUUUUGUUAUCAUUUUACAAUGCCGCAACUAUCCUAAUUACAUAUUUUAUUUAUAUAACAAUCAAUGAAUUUAUCCUAAGCUAACGAUUAAAGUGUAGCAUUUAAGAAAAAAAAGAAAAAAAAAACAAUACUCCAUAUAAUUGAAAACUAUGUGAAGUCAAAAUAUCAAGACAAUCCCACUAUAUAAUUCUAACAAACACAAGACAGCCCAUCUUCUUAUGUGUCUGAAAAUCUGCAAAAAAGCUAAGACAUCAUUUGUACCCCACAUUACUCAAAUAUUAAUCUAUUAUAACAAGCACUAAUACCAAAUCUCUUACACUAAUCAAAGGAAAAUGAAUUGACCACCCACAAUUAAUUCGUGAAUUUUCACAAGUCUUUGCUUCUUUGGCGGGCUGUCUUUUUCCUCCUUGUCACAUUAAUCACACAAACCUCCUGCUCAUUUCAAAAAUCCGAACACAUUAUUUCCCACCAAUCAUCUUUCUUAUUGGCGAAAUAUACAUUAAUAAGUGAUGUAGACGAGAUUUGAUCUUAAGUUUUUGAUCCCGCUUAUUAUCAUUCUAGUUUAAAGCUUCAGACAUAAGGUUUUUGUUUCCUUGCUUACUUCAAAAGAAUACUCCAGCAGCUCCCAAUUAUUUGAAGAUCUGCAAUUAGUGUUUGGGUGAUCUUUUUGGAGAUUUGAAGUACAUUGUUGAGAUUGGGAGCGAUUUGAGCUGAUUUUUGGCUUGUUUGAAGCAAACCCAUUUGAAAUUUGAAGCUGAAAAUUUUCAAAUUUUGAAUUCUAAAAGGGUAUCGAUAGUUGAAUCAAAUGGUCUUCACUUUAUAAUACUCUGACCGCCAAGAAUGUCAAGGGUUUCGAAGUGGAAACUUGAAAAGACCAAAGUAAAAGUUGUAUUCCGACUUCAGUUCCAAUGUACACAUAUCCCACAAUCUGGAUGGAAUAAUUUAUUCAUUUCAUUAGUUCCGGCUGAUUCUGGCAAGGCAACAGCAAAGACUAAUAAAGCAAAUGUUAGAAAUGGUUCUUGCAAAUGGCCAGAUCCUAUCUAUGAAACCACCAGACUUCUCCAAGACUCUAGAACUAAACAAUUUGAAGAAAAAAUUUACAAACUUCUUGUUGCAAUGGGGACAUCAAGGUCUAGCCUUUUUGGUGAAGCUAGCAUAAAUCUUUCUGAGUAUGUUGAUGCGUUAAAGCCCACUGCCAUUUCUCUGCCCCUUCAGGGAUCUGAUUCUGGAGCUAUGUUACAUGUUACAGUGCAGCUUUUGACUUCAAAAACAGGUUUCAGGGAAUUUGAACAGCAGAGGGAAGUCAGUGACAGAGGUUUGCCGUCAAAUACUGAUAAUGAUAAUGGAAAACUGUCAGCACCAGUAGAUGGAGUCAUUUCUCGUACUGACAAGGUGAGCCCAAGAGUUAAAUUCAAGUUAGAAUCUAAGGAGCUACCAUCACUUGAAGAAGAAUCAGGUGUCAGUGAAGAGUAUGCAGACUCAGCUGCUGGCUUUGAUGGAUCAUCCAACACUUCAGGAAGUUUGUGUGCAGAAAAGAAUGAAGUCUCUAGCACUCGUGAAAUUGAGAGUGUCAAGAGAACAUUCUCUGGUGAUCGUGAGGGAGUUCCUUCCCCUCAGAGCUCUGAAAAGGAGAAAGGGGCAUCUGAUCAUCGCUUUUUGGUGCAUGGUACCGGUGAUUGGGUCCACCAAUGGGGUGCUGAAAACUUAACCGAUGGUGAAAUUGCAAUUGCAUAUGAAGAAAACAAUAGACUUAGGGGAGCCUUGGAAGCAGCCAAUAUGACUAUUAAUGAUCUAAGACGGGAGAUAAGCUCUCUGCAAAGUUAUGCUGAUGAUAUAGGUGUUGAAGCACAAAGCUUGACAAAAAAAUUAGCCAUUGAAAUUUCUGCAGAUCAGGAACUGGUGAAAGAGGUCUCUUUGCUCAAAUCAGACUGUUCUAGGUUUAAAGAUGAUCUUCAAUGGCUAAAGAAUUUGAAAAUGAAUCCUCCAAUUCCUAGAAGGACAGCAGUAGAUGCAGAUCCAUAUAACUUAAUGCAAGACACGAAUUUGAGAUGGAUGAAGGGCAUUUCAGCUGUGGAGGAUAAGAUAAGAGAAGUUCAGGAGAAGGCACAUCUUGGAUUCAAUGGGAAUGAUUCAACUUUGCAGCACACAGAUCUAGAGGCAUUGCUCAGUAUUGUGCAAGAUCUCAAACGAGGAGCUGAGGGUUCUAGUAAUCAGCUUGACGGACUUUCAGUUGGAAAAGCAAUGACAACCAUUGGCGUAAUGAGUUCACCUAAAACUGAUCAUGUCAUGUCAGAUACUGGUCUAGGUGUUGAGUUGUGCCAUCCUGAAGGUGUACUUUUGCCAGGGCUGCUGCCUACUGGAACUGGUUCAGUAGAUGCUACAAAUGCAAUGCAAGGAGAAAUUUUUAAACUUCUGAGGGAGUUAGAUGAGUCUAAAGCUGAACGAGAGUGCCUUCUAAGAAAAAUGGAUCAGAUGGAAUGUUAUUAUGAAGCACUUAUUCAAGAGCUGGAGGAAAACCAGAAACAGAUUCUUGGUGAAUUGCAGAAUCUAAGAAAUGAACAUUCUUCAUGCAUAUACACUGUUUCAUCCACUAAGGCUCAGAUGGAGGCAAUGCAUCAACAGAUGAACAAUGAGCUGUUACAACUUGCUGAGGAGAGAUGUAACUUGGAUCUCCAUAAUAAAGAGCUGGAGAAAAGAGCUCAUUCAUCAGAAGCGGCACUAAGAAGGGCAAGAUUAAAUUAUUCAAUUGCUGUGAAUAAGUUACAAAAGGACCUUGAAGUUCUUUCUCUGCAGGUACACUCUAUGUAUGAGACAAAUGAAAGCCUCAUACGUAAAGCUUUUUCAGAAUCUCCACAACCAUAUCUCCUGGAGUGUCAAGAUGCUGUGCCAAAUGAUCUUGCAAGAGGCUGUGACACUGAAAAUUUUAUGAUCUCCCAGAGUCAUAGUAAAAUUGUCAAUAAUCAGCUUCUGGGAAGUGAUAGGCUCUUGGAGGAGUUGAAGAGGUCCCUAGCAUCGCAGGAAGAGCUGUUUGGGAAGAUACAGGAAGAACUUUUUGAAAUGCAUCUUGCAAAUGUAUAUCUUGACGUGUUCUCAGUUACGCUACAUGAAGCUUUAGUAGAAGCAGAUUUGGGGAGGAGACUUGCAGAGACAGAGACGUAUGGAUUUGCGAAGCAGUUGGAACUUUCAUCCAGGGCCAAUGAAUCACUUAAAGUUCAAUUGCAGAAUAUGACAGGUGAGGUAUGUAAUUUGAGUGAGGAAAAAAAUCUUUAUAUCUCAAGGUGCAAUGACCUUGCUUUGGAGAAUGAUAGAUUGGAAGCAGAUCUGAAAAGCAUUUCCAACGAAAAGCUUGUUCUUGAUGAGAAAAUUGGUGAAUUAGGGAUUUUGUUGACCAACUACCAAAGUUAUAAAAGCAAUUAUGAAGAAUGUAAUGUUGAAAAGGAAAACCUGGCAUAUUCACUAGAGCAAGCUACUGCAGAGAAGGGAAGUCUUUCAAAUGAAAUAUUGUUAUUGCAAGAAGAACUGAUGAGAAUGAAGAGGAAAGUUAGCAUAAAUGAGCAUUUGCAGAGUAUAGUCGACUAUCUUCGUCAAAGACUGGAGAAUUUGUUGGCUUCUGGCAAUGAACGGGUUGAUGGUUUGGUAUCCUGCCGUGACAUAGAGGAUAAGAAUUCAGAGUUUGAAGAAUUUGUGAGUAUAAUAUUUCAGUUGGAAGAAGGCCAGCGGAAGCUCCAUGAUAAAAUUCUCCUACUCACAAAAGAGAAGGAAGAUUUGCUGAAUGAGUGUGAUACUGUUAAAUUCUCCUUAGCCAGUGCAACGUCUGAAGUUGAGAUUGUGAAGAAGAAGUUUGAGUGUGAUGUAGCAGACAUGGUUAAAAAAUUAAAUGCAUCGAGCACUCUCAUGGAAAAGCUUCAAACAGAUCUUGAGGUUGUUGGUGACAAACUCAAGCUUAGCUCAGAGGCAGAGGAAAAGUAUUCACUGAUGGCUGAUGAUCUUCUGUCUGAUUUUGCAAAACUGGAUGAUGCUGUGCAAGAACUUACUUCCAAAAAUAGGGAUCUUGCUGCAGAGAUAAGGGAUUUAGGAAGUGUUACUGAUGAGCUAGAGGGGGAUAAAUUGGUUAUAGAUAGAUUGUCACAAGAAAAUAUGCACCUAACUGAAUUGCUACAUAAUAAGACUGAUGAAUUAGGCAUUCUUACAAUGGAGCUUAAUAAAUUGAAAGGAACUGUGGAAAUAUUGCAGGAUGAGGUCUCUCUUCAAAAGGGCUUCAGAAAUCAACUCGAGGCAGAUGUUUUGAAUUUGAAUACUCAGGUGAAGGAGAGAGAUGAAAUGUUGUCCCACCUUGAUAAGCAGAAAUCUGAAGUUAGCCAACUGAAGCGGCAUCUAUCAGACAUGGAGUCAGAAAAAUCAAGUCUCUACCAUCAAUUCUCCAAUAUGGAAGAGCACCUAAAGAGGGCAGCAGCAGGAUCCUCAGCUGAUUCAGAAAUUCAAUUGCUGGAUAUGCAUGCACUUGUAGUUGCUGCUGACAUUACAUGUACCGUUGUUAAGGAGCAGUAUAAAGUCCAUGUUGAAGCGCUCUUACAGCAGCUGGAGUACUCAAAUCAGCUUCUUUUAGAGGUUAACAAGCAAAAUCUUGAUCUCACUUCCAAGCUUAACAAUUGCCUUGCUAGCAAAGAAACAUUUGCUGAAGACAAUACUAGAUUGCUGUCAGCCCUUGAAAUUUUUAGAUCCGAGUCAGAAUCUUAUGUUUCCUUGAACAAAGAUCUUGAGCAUAUCAACACAGUUACAUUGACUGAACUUGAAGAGUACAAGAAGAAGAGUGAUAAUUUAGAGACAAGGUAUGAAGAUGCUAAAUUAGAGCACAAGUUUGAAGUUGAAGAGCUUAAAUCCUUGCUUGGAAGUUCUCAAAUAGAGAAUGACACUUUGAUAAUUUCAAAGGAAGAGCUUGAGAUCAGGUUUCUGGUGAUGAAAGCAUUAGUGGAGGAGAUGAGUGCUCAUUGCAAAUUUCACGAAGAAUGUAGAGAAGAGCUGACUGUACUGCAGAAACAGUGCUCUGAUCUUACCCGUAAGCUUUCUGAGCAAAUUUUGAAAACAGAGGAGUUCAAGAACCUGUCCAUUCAUCUUAAGGAGCUUAAAGACAAAGCUGAAGCAGGGCAUCUUCAAGCACGCGAAAAGAAAGAAGCUGAAGGGUCUUCUGCUUCUAUGCAAGAAUCCUUGAGAAUAGCAUUCAUUAAGGAGCAGUAUGAAACUAAGAUACAAGAAGUUCGACAUCAACUGUCUAUUUCGAAGAAGCAUGGUGAAGAGAUGCUCUGGAAAUUACAGGAUGCUCUUGACGAGCUCGAGAAUAGGAAGAAAUGUGAAGCGUCUCAGUUAAAAAGAAAUGAAGAGCUACUAUUGAAGAUUAACGAGUUAGAGGAUGAGCUACAAUCAGUGCUCUCGGAUAAUCGUGAAAGGUUUAUGGAAUAUGAACAGCUAAAGGCAGAGUUAGACUGCUCAGUCAUGAGUCUAGACUGCUGCAUGGAAGAAAAAAAGCAGCUUAUGGCAUCUUUACAGGAAUCCAAUGGUGAAAAAACUAGACUUGCUGAUGAAAUUGAAUUGUUGAGAGAACAGAUAGAGAAUCUUAAAGCAUUCAUGACAAGUCCCAAAUACAAUGAGGAUGGAUGUGAUGCACUGCAAAAGGGUUCAAAUUUUGAGAAAAUAGUGGACAAUUCCUUUGAUGAUCAGGCUAACUACUUAUCUCACAAUGUGCCACAGAAAAUUGAAAGGGGUGACAGGGAAUAUAUGAAUCCGCCAGCAGUACAGGAUGCCUUGGUAACCAAAGCCUCAGAAGGUCUUUCAGGGGUAACAAAGGAUCAAGAUGAUAUACUUCACGAUGAUCAGCUGAAAGCACAAAAUCUAAUGUCAAGCAUGGACCGCCUACAGAAGGAGUUAGAAAGGAUGAGAAGCGAAAAUACACUUCUAGAGGAUGAAAACUCUGGUGAACAAUGUCAUGAAGGAUUACGCAGUGAGCAAAUGCAUCUGGAGAAGGUGACUAAGGAACUUAGUGAUAUGUCUUCUCUGUAUAAUGAUUCUUCAAGAAGUGGGAACUCAGUGGAGCGAGUACUUGCUUUGGAGCUGGAACUUGCUGAAGCCUUGCAGGCCAAGAAAAAGUCAACCAUUCAAUUUCAGAGUUCUUUCUUGAAACUACACAGUGAUGAAGCUGCAGUAUUCCAUAGCUUCAGAGACAUAAAUGAGUUGAUUAAAGACUUGCUGGAGAUGAAGGAUAGAUACAGUGCCAUGGAGGCAGAACUCAAAGAUAUGCAUAAGCGAUACUCUCAACUAAGCCUGGAUUUUGCCGAGGUUGAAGGAGAGCGACAAAAGCUGACAAUGACGCUAAAAAACGUGCGUUCACCAAAAAGACUCUUAAAUCGGCUUCAAUCAUCCACCUAUGAGGAUCCAUCUUCAUGAUCCUUCAGAGUUUUCUUACUGCUAGUUUGUUUAUCAAUUUUGAUUAUUUGAACAUCAGCAGUUUCAUAUUUCAAGGUUUGAAAAUGGAUGGCGAAUGAAUUUAUCCAUAGGGUAAAUACACUAGUGCUUGUGUAAAUAACGAGCAUUGUAAAAAUUCCUUGUUAUAGGUUAGAUUUCGAUGCUCAAUUGUUCUUUGGGCUGUUGCAUAGGUAAUAUCCGGAACUUUUCACCGGUAUUUAUGUAUCAAUAUGUAUGUAUAGCAAGUAAAUUACAGCAUCUCAGUGUUAUAACAUAAAUUUUGGCUG